UCUGAGAAAGAGGGCUGCUCCUUCUCUGGACAGCUACUUAUAGCUGUAACAGGUCAAAGUGAAACUCAGUUGUGUCCCAACAUCUCAACAUGCGUCUUCUUGCACUGAUCUUUGGGAUUGUGUUUCUCCCUAAAGUCUACACUCUAAAAUGUCAUGAGUGUGUACCGGGGAUGACAGGAACCUGCGAAGACAAACAAAAAGAAUGUCCUUCCAAUCAGAAGUGUGGUGCAAUGAGACUCACUUCAUAUGUUGGAGGCAAUAAACUGGUUGAUAUCAACUCGAAAGGAUGCAGUUCUGCUGAAGAAUGUGUCGAGGCCUCGGCCAACUUUGGAGUGAUCAGAACUGCAAUUGCUAACAAGUGCUGCAGCUCUCCACUGUGCAACGCCAACCCGGCCCCUGAACCCAGCAAAUCCACUCCAAAUGGUAAGAAGUGCUUCUACUGUGGAGCCAUGACAGGAGAAGGACAAGACUGCUCUAGAACUCUGGACUGUGAGGGUAGUGAGGACUACUGCAUCUCAUCAAAAAUGACUGUUGCAGAGACAAAGGUGACUAUGAAGGGCUGUGCCUCCAAAUUACUCUGCUCAGGCAAUUCAACUGCAGAGAUAUCACAAGUCACUGGAGGAGAAAUUAGCUGCUGUCAAGGGAACUUCUGCAACAGCGCCAGCAGCACAAGUGCUGGCCUUCUGCUCCUGGUGGCACCGCUGCUCUCUUUGAUGGCGCUCUUCUAAACGGUGGAGACGGCAGCACCACUUCAGUGUGGCCUCAUAAUGCGCACACCCAUGUCCUUAUCAUUCCAACCAGUGAGUUAAAAAGUUUAGCAGCAAAGUUUUAAAAAUACAAGUGGUAAAGUUGUGAUUUCAGCUUCUUUUCUCUUCUUCUUCAUGUUGGCUAUGGAGAAAAUAAAUGUCUUGCAUAGUAUGAUUGUUGACACCAGCUAAUUAUUUUUGUCUUAAACAAGAAACAGGAAGAAUGUAAAAAAAAAAUAAUCAUGCCAUAUUUCUGUUCUGAAGUGCUUUUCUACACUUGAAACCUGUUUUUAAUAUCAAUUAUCAAGAAUAUUUUGAUGCUACUGAAAAUCUGAAUAAAUACAUUUAUAA